AUGAAGUUCACCGGAUACCUUGCCGUUCUCGCUGCCGUUGCGGUUGCUGGCAGCUUUGCAAGCCCCAUCAAGAGUUCUUCUGCCCUUGACGCCCGUGGAGCCUCCGCUCUCCAGGCCAGAGGUGCCGCCUCCGUCUCAGUCUCUGAGCGAUCCGUCAAGGAUGCUGACUUUGCCGAGCGCGACCUGGCCCUCCUCACCCGCACACUCGAUCUUGGUGCUCUUGUCGCCAAGGUUCAGGCCAUUCUCGGUGAGCUCGGCGAUGCCAAGCAGACCGUCGUCAAGUACCUCUACUGGAUCCGCAACGUCCUUGGAUACAAGAAGAAGCACCUGCUCCAAGAGCUCGAGGCUUUGCUCGAGAAGUUCGGUCUUGCCGACAAGGAGGACUGGGCUCAAGGUACCAUCCCUGCUGACAUCGAAUCGAUCCUCAAGGAGCUGGGCGACGCCAAGACCGAGGCUAUCAAGUGGCUCUACUACUUCCGCAACGUGCUCGGCUACAAGAAGAAGAAGCUCGUGAAGGAGGUCGAGGAGGUGCUUGAGGAGAUCGCUUCGCACUUCCAAGGCAAGGCCGCUGACUCCGCUGUCGGCAGCAUCAUCGGCCGCGCCUCCUCUACCCAGGGUGACAACCCAGUGUGGCCCACCGAUAUUGUCUUUGAGACCAUCGAGAACAUUCUGGGCCCCCUCGACGGACUCAUCUAA